AUGCAAAAAGCAAUAGAACUGGUUACAUCGGAGAUAAGAAGCACACACGACUCAGAAGCCAUAGAGAGGUGGUAUCUUUCGUACCUUGAAAGGAAAGCAUGUCCAGAAAGUAUGUUUGGAGAUGUUCUGUCCAUUACCAUGCCUGAUAUCGAGAGCUCAGACAUAUUAAAAUCCACAGCUAUGCUUUUUGAAGCAUCACAAAAGGCAACCGACGAGAUGUCCUUAAGAAGUAUAAGCCAUUCAUAUGAAAAUUCGAUGGAAAUAAUCUCAAUCUUCACCAUAUACAACUCGAUUUUCCCAAUAAUCGAAAGACACAUCAAAGAUAAGAUUUUAGGAAGCAAGGUUGUGGAUGUUUAUAACGAUGCAAGUAUGCAUCUAAAUGGGCCCAGGGAGGGGACUCAAGAGAUUCUAGAAGGAAGAAGGAGGUUUUUCUUCGACUUCUAUAUUCCUGUCAAAAUAUACCUUGUGUGUACAGGAAAGAGUCAUGAGAUAAAAGAUAAGGAGAAGAAGUUUGUUAUGAUGUAUUUGGCCAAAAAGAGGGGGGAUGGAUGGUGUGAGGCACAUACAAACCAGUUUUACGAGGAAAUGUCAAAUGGAGAGGAGAAGGUCCGUAAAGCAUUGGAGUUUCUUUUCAGCAAGGCAUACUAG